AUGAUCAAGAGAAAUGUCAAAAUUCCAAGUGUCAUAGCAAAGUAUCUGAAAUUGUCUGAAAGGGUCUGAGGUCUGCAGCCAGGCUCCAGCAAACAUACCCUCCACUUACAUAAACACAGUACAAGACAUCAUCUAGGGGGAACACAUAUUUGGACUGUGUCGGGGGGGACGUUGGGUGGCAGUAUUGCACACAUCACAGCUGUAUGUGUAGUAUUCACAUGUGUUAUGAUUGGUCAAAUCUAAAAGUAGAUGCAGCGCACCUGACGGUGUGAGCUCCAUGAUUACAGGCCAGAUGAUGCGAGUGCAAAAUAUCCACCCCCCAUCGUAACACCGAAACUCCAAUCAUGUGUCCUCCCCCGUCAAUCAUCGCUCAAGGUCACUGAUAAACACCGGUGAGGGGAUAAAAUGUGAGAGCAGCGAGGAAGGAGAUGCCAGGUACGCCACAAGCAGGAUCCUAUCAGUCAUGCUGCGACUCUUCGCCCUCCUCGCCCUGUGCACCCUUGCACAAUGCUGCCCCACCAUCCUCACUAAAUCCCAGUGGGGGGGAAAGGCUGCAACUUGCAGGACGGCCAUGGCCACUCCAGUCACCUAUGUGAUUGUCCACCACACUGCUGGUGCCUCCUGUUCAUCCCAGUCCACCUGCAUCACUCAGACCAAGAAUGUCCAGAACUACCACAUGACCUCCAAUGGUUGGUGUGACAUAGGAUACAGCUUCCUGGUUGGAGGAGAUGGCUCCAUAUUUGAAGGCCGUGGCUGGACAUCUGUUGGUGCUCAUGCUCCAAACUACAACUCUAAUUCCAUCGGUAUCAACUUAAUCGGAACCUUCACAAGCAGUAACCCCACAACCGCAGCCCAGAAUGCUGCCAAGAAUCUCAUCAGUUGUGGAGUCUCCAGAGGAUACAUCAAGUCUGCCUAUAUCCUGAAGGGGCAUCGUAACGUCACCGCAACUGAGUGCCCAGGAAACACCUUCUACAACACUCUGAAGACCUGGCCCCGCUUCCAGGCUUAAGGCCUUGUGGUCCUGAAUACAGGUGAAAGGCUGUACAGCUUUUGUUGGUUUACAUGGAGGAAGCUGGAGAUCUGUUAAAAAUGGAAAGGUCCCCCAGUAACAUCCCACAGAAGAUCCUUACUGAUCAGUGAGUGCAGCACAAGUCCAACUAUUGUCACAUCCCCUCCUUGGACAUGAAGAGAAUAACAGACAUUUCUUCUGGAAUGAUUCAGCAUUGCUGCACUGUACAUACAUAGCAAGAAACCAAUAAAAGAUCCUGUGAAAUAAAGCGUUGUCCAGACUGAGUGUAUGACCGGUCGACAGGGUCCAUCACUAACUAGCAGCUUGUAGUAUUGUGCUACCGAUAUAAAAAAAUACUGCUAGCACCUACUAGUUAAAAUGUACAGAAGAAAAGUAAUUCAGCAGCACCUAAGUCAGCUAAACAUCACUUUUAGGGUACGUUCACACGAGCAGAUCCUCAGCCCGUAUUACGUUGCGGAUCUGCCGCUGAAGGUCUGCUGUAUGCAGCCUUUACAGGUGCCUGCUCGGAGCAGCAAUCUGCUGCUACGAGCAGACACACUACGAUGUGCGAGUCGCCACGCACAUGCGCAGAAUACUCGCACAUCGCGGCUGCUC